AUGCGUUACGAGUCCUUGGUAUUGAUCUUCAUAGUGAGCAUAGUACUGAUGGUCAGUGCAAAGUCAUCACACUAUCAAAAGAAAUUCAGAUCGGGACUCUGUGCAGGCGGCAAUCCGUCCUUUUGCAAGAUCAAUCUGAAGUCAACAAAUAUGGCCUCAAAGGCUGCGGAUGAGGCGAAAGCUGCUAAGGAGGCACAGACGUGUGCCGGCGAGGAAGCCAGUCAUCGGGCCAUGGAUCAAUUGGCUGACAAAGCUGAGCACGCGGCUCGAGCAGCGGAAGCUGCUUUAAAAGGUAAAAAACAAUUGCUUGAUCGGAUGCUUAGCACUCGGAAUGGGACCGAUGAAGUCAUUGAGGAGAUAAAAAACGCUAUGUGCAUCAGUCGAUCCAACAUACAAGCAGUGGCACGAGUAACUUCAGACUUUAAGCAGACUUUGGAGCAAUUACAGUGCUGGCAUGACGAAGCCCAGGCUAAUCUUGUGAGUCUCCGGGAAAUAGCCGCCAAUAUCAGAAAAGAUGUAAAGGAGAAGCAAAAAGUUCUGAUGGAAUCACAGCAGCGUGUUAAUAAUCUAAAGAAAUGUUUAAUGGAAGCUACAGAGGAUCUCGAUCGUACCGAAAAAAUUGCCGAGCAGGCAGAAAGUGCGGCCCAGGAGGCCAAGGAGAGGAUCAACGCCGUUAAAGAUGCUUUUGAAAAAAUUAAAAGGCUCAGGAAGAAAGACGCAAGAUCACUAAGAUGGAUUCUUAAAAGACUAGUCAAAAAAUAA